GCUCGUCCAGUGUAAAAGUAAAAGUGUUUUGGUGUAUUGUGGUGAUUUAGUGUUUUUAUUUUGCUGUGUAACACCAAAGGUUCCAACCCUCAACUGUAAUUUACAAUGUUAUCUAUUUAAAAAGAAAUUUAGUGUAUUAGUUUUAAGGAAUACAACUCUAUUGUAUAGGACUGACUUUACGUACUUAUUUCUACUUAAUACUGUUAUUUUACAUUAAUACAACAUUUAUAUUUACUUAAUUUGUUUUUAGAUUUAUAUUUUAUGUUAAAAAUGUUAAUUUUAUGUUAAGAAUUCUAAAUAAAAUCGAUAUGAAACCAGUAUUUUUCUGAAAUGUAAACUACCAUAAAAAAACUGAUUAAAUUAACAACCUAAAGUGCUUUGGUCGAGAUAAUUAACAGUAUUAAUCAUUCUAAGGUGUGUACAUCGAAGAUAAGAUAUCAAAUUAAUGAUAAGUGGUAUGAAUGAGUAUAAAUUAAAUCGAAACAAAUGAUGCCAGAAAUAAAAGUUUGCUUAAACUGAGUCAUGAAUUUUAAAACUUAUAUUUUGAAACAGCUUUCAGAUGAGUUAAAUUAUUAUUGCGAUCUGUGCAAUAUAUUGAUAAACACUCACGAUAAGGAAAACCAUCUGAAUGGCAACAAACAUAAAUACAAACUUCGGAAAAAAGAACCCAAAUCCAAUGAUAGAGGCGCAGAAGUUAGGUGUACAACUUGCGAUAGAAAAUAUACCAACGAUGAAUUUUACAAAAUUCAUAUGAGAACUAAAACACAUAGGAGAAAUUGUCGCAAGAAAGAAAUUGAGUUUAAUGUAGGGCGUAAAAAAUAUGGAGAUUUUAGUAACGGAGUAAAGGGAUGAGCGGAGAUAAG